GUAGAUAUUCUCAUUCCUUCUCGUAUUCGUCUCUUUCUACUGUACAAAUGGCUCUGCGACGUAUCAACAAAGAACUCCAGGAUCUCAGUCGUGAUCCUCCGGCAAAUUGUUCCGCUGGCCCCAUAGGUGAUGAUAUGUUCCAUUGGCAAGCAACCAUCAUGGGCCCUAAAGAUUCUCCUUACGAAGGCGGUGUCUUCUUCCUUAACAUAAACUUCCCCAGUGAUUAUCCCUUCAAGCCCCCGAAGUGUCACUUCACCACUAAGAUAUAUCACUGCAAUAUUAGUGCCAAUGGUUCCAUCUGUCUCGAUAUCCUCAAGGAUCAGUGGAGUCCAGCACUAACUAUAUCCAAGGUUCUGUUGUCUAUCUCAUCGUUACUCACUGAUCCCAACCCUGACGAUCCGUUUGUUCCCGAGAUUGCCCAUAUGUACAAGGGUGAUCGGAAUAAGCAUGACGCCAUUGCCAGGGAAUGGACGCAGAAAUAUGCUAUGUGAGGUUUCCGGGCGAUAUUCAGCAACAGGAAGAAUCGCUACGAUUGUCGACCUCUGGGUGCUUGAUAGAGUACCUUGCGGGAUUCUCGAUGUGAUUGUUAUUACUACAGUUGCACUCAGUGAGUGACAACCUACUGUUACAACGCAUCCUUUUGUAUAUUUCCAUAUCCACUAGCACUCUAUUGUCCUCCCAAAGGCGAUGGUUUCUCUUUGCUGUUGCGACGACCCAUACGAUUCCUCAAAGCAACCGUGUGAUGUUGGCCGUAUGUUGAGCGGCAGCAUCAGCCUUUAAUCGUCGUACUAACUUCACUGAAAUAGAUAUACUUGACAACGCCAUCACCAUCUACAGCUGCAUCAUCACCGU